UUCCUUUCCCUCCCAUCCAAAUUUCUUACUUGAAAAACCCCCCGUGUUCAUUACAACGCUAAAUCUCAUUUACAUUUGACCCUUCCAUUUUUAAAACCCAGAAAACCAGAUUCAUUUAAAUUUAUUAUAGCAUUAUAGCAUAAAUUAAAAAAAAAAAAUCAACCUUGGAAAAAACCCAAGAAAAGCAGAAACCUUUUUUCGUGAUCCAAUCUCCGACACGUGCCAAACCUUGUCCGAGGCGGGUAGCGCGGUUGAGCACCACCAUCGCCACCACGUUACCUUGCCAGAGAUGGGAAGAAACCCGAAUCGGAACCCAAAUCAAACCGGUUGUUGCAACCCGGUUAAAAAACCAGGCCCAGUAUCCAUAGAUCAUGUGCUACUGGCAUUGAGAGAAACGAAAGAAGAGAGGGAUGUUAGGAUUAGAAGUUUAUUCAGUUUUUUUGAUGCAGCUAAUUUGGGUUAUUUAGAUUGUGCGCAGAUUGAAGCCGGCUUGUCGGGGCUCCAAAUCCCUGCCGGGUAUAAAUACGCCAAAGAGUUGUUGGAAGUUUGUGAUGCAAAUCGUGAUGGACGGGUUGAUUACCAGGAGUUUAGGAGGUAUAUGGAUGAUAAAGAAAUGGAGUUGUAUAGGAUCUUUCAAGCUAUUGAUGUUGAACAUAAUGGCUGCAUUUUGCCCGAGGAGUUAUGGGAUGCUCUUGUUAAGGCUGGGAUUGAAAUUGAUGAGGAGGAGCUUGCCCGUUUUGUAGAGCAUGUUGAUAAGGAUAAUAAUGGAAUUAUAACUUUUGAAGAAUGGAGAGAUUUUCUUUUACUCUAUCCUCAUGAAGCUACUAUUGAAAACAUCUACCAUCACUGGGAAAGGGUAUGCCAUGUCGAUAUUGGAGAGCAAGCUGUUAUUCCAGAAGGAAUCAGCAAGCAUGUUCACAGGAGUAAAUAUUUUAUUUCAGGGGGUAUAGCUGGAGCCGCUUCUCGUACUGCAACUGCUCCUCUUGAUCGCCUGAAGGUUGUCCUGCAAGUUCAGACUACCCGUGCUUGUAUGGUGCCUGCUAUUAACAAGAUAUGGAAGGAAGAAGGUUUCUUGGGUUUUUUCCGUGGUAAUGGGUUAAAUGUUUUAAAGGUAGCACCUGAAAGUGCCAUCAAGUUCUAUGCUUAUGAAAUGUUAAAGAAUGCAAUUGGAGAAGUUAAGGGGGGAGACAAGGUUGAUAUAGGUCCUGGUGGGAGACUUUUAGCUGGUGGUAUGGCAGGUGCAGUUGCACAGACUGCUAUCUAUCCUUUGGAUCUUGUGAAAACUCGUUUACAAACUUAUGUUUGUGAAGGUGGAAAAGCGCCACAUUUGGGAGCACUGACAAAGGAUAUAUGGAUUCAGGAGGGACCUCGAGCAUUUUAUAAAGGUCUCGUGCCGUCUCUUCUUGGCAUUAUCCCAUAUGCUGGCAUUGACCUUGCUGCCUAUGAGACUUUGAAAGAUAUGUCGAAGACAUAUAUACUGCAUGACAGCGAACCUGGUCCCCUUGUUCAAUUGUGUUGCGGAACAAUCUCAGGUUCCGUGGGAGCAACAUGUGUUUACCCCUUGCAGGUUAUUAGAACCAGAAUGCAAGCUCAACCUCCUAGCAAUGCUGCUCCUUACAAAGGGAUGUCCGAUGUAUUUUGGAGGACAUUUCAGAAUGAAGGUUAUAGUGGGUUUUACAAAGGAAUUUUUCCAAAUCUUCUGAAGGUUGUGCCAGCAGUAAGCAUAACGUAUAUGGUUUAUGAGGCUAUGAAAAAGAGCCUAGAGCUUGAUUAGGGGUUGCAACUGUCAUACACUCUGGCAUCUAAACUGAUGCCAGAUCUGGAAUAACGUUUAUGGUUUAUCAAUGGUUUUUUGAUAACGAAAAUUAAGAAUAAGAUUACUAGUCAAGUAGGUGAUACAAUUUGCUGAAUUAUACAAUAGGCAGUAAUCCCCCUCAGGAUUCGGGGCUCAUAGUUUUGUCACUGGGAGUUUUUCCCAGAUUAUUAUUUUUUGGCAAGUGUUCACGAACAACUUUUACUUGAGUUCUUUGUAUCUGGCUGCAAGGUAAUACCACAAUAGACAAGCGUUAUUGUGGUAUUACCUUGUUAUUUGUAUUUAGCUGACGAUUACAAUACGCUUGUUAUUAUUUUGUCGAACACCAGAAAACUUUGCACAUCA